CAUGCUCUACAUUUUUGCAGUUGAAUCGAAACUUUUGGCAAAGAUGCGUUACUCUCUUAUUGUGGCUGUGGCUCUGGCUGCGCUGAGUCUUGGUAGUGCCGCUCCUCCUCAAUCACAAUAUGCCAUCAUCGCCCAAUUCUUCAAAUAUGCCGAGGCAAUUCGCGAGGUUCAAUUGGACAACAUGCUGGACAUAACGCUGGAGUUUGUGGAUCAGGUUGUAAGGAGCGUUCCGGCCAACAAUCGUGGUCCUGGAACUGAAACUCUCCAGUCGUAUCUAGAUCGUGGCAGGGUCGUCCGUCAGACGGGCUCUCUAAAGCAGAAGUUCGACCACGUCUAUGGCCUACAAGCUCUCUUCGAGGGACUCCAGGGCCAACUAAAUCCAGAGUCGCCCGAGGCUCAAGUAAUUGUAGUAAACCUUUUGGGCCUGCUUGGCGUGGCCAGUGAUUUCGCCAUUGAGGAUGGAAAGUUCUACAAUAACUUUGUCGAAGGUUCCACUCUAAUGAAGGCCAAGCUGAGCACAUCCACUGUGAGCAGUGAACAGGAUCUGUUCAGUGCCAUCGCGGGGUACACCGAUUCCGAGUUCACGCAGCAUGAGCCUUUGCUGGAGCGUGUUCUUAGCUUCAGGAAUAGGUACUAGACUUUCGAGGGAUUGGAACCUGUGCAUAAUAAAUAAACGAAAAAAAAUUAUUUCAACAAAAUCCAAAAAAUUAAACUGAAAUGACCUUCCAGUGUUAUCAGUAAACGGGUUCAAGGCUUUCA